AUGAGCACCACCACUGGCCCAGAAGCUGCCCCAAAACCAAGCGCCAAGUCUAUCUAUGAGCAGAGGAAACGUUACUCCACAGUGGUGAUGGCCGAUGUAUCCCAGUAUCCAGUUAAUCACCUGGUGACCUUCUGCCUGGGUGAGGAGGACGGCGUCCACACUGUGGAGGAUGCCUCCCGGAAGCUGGCCGUCAUGGACAGCCAGGGCCGUGUCUGGGCCCAGGAGAUGCUGCUUCGAGUGUCUCCGGACCAUGUCACGCUGCUUGACCCACUCUCCAAGGAGGAGCUGGAGUCAUAUGCACUGAGUGACAUCGUGCGUUGUGAUGUGGUGACACCGCCCGGACGGAGCCGCUCGCAGCUGCUGCUCGUGUGCCAGGAGCCGGAGCGAGCCCAGCCCGACGUGCACUUCUUCCAGAGCCUGGGCCUGGGGGCGGAGCUGAUCCGGGAGGACAUCCAGGGGGCAUUGCACAACUACCGCUCUGGCCGCGGGGAUCGCAGGGCAGCGGCACUCAGAGCCACCCAGGAAGAGCUGCAGCGCCCACCCAAGCCCACCGCCGAAACCCCUCCCCUGCAGCGCCGCCCUUCAGUCCGUGCAGUCAUCAGUGCCAUGGAACUGGCCACAAGCAGACGACCCCAGGCACAGUCCAUCCCUGAGGCGGAAGAGUCUUGGAAACCCACCACAACCUUGAACAGACUUGACCCCACCUCCCCGGACCUGGGCCCACGUGGACCUGACAUGGCCAGUCUGCAGGCCGAGCGGGAUGUGGAUAUCCUGAACCAUGUGUUUGACGACCUGGAGAGCUUUGUAUCGAGACUGCAAAAAUCAGCAGAGGCGGCCAGGGUGCUAGAGCACCGAGAGCGAGGCCGCAGGACCCGGCGCCGGGCGGCCGGGGAGGGCCUGCUGACGCUUAGGGCCAAGCCGCCCUCUGAGGCUGAGUACACAGAUGUGCUUCAGAAGAUCAAGUACGCCAUCAGCCUGCUGGCCCGGCUGCGGAGCAACAUCGCCGACCCCUCCUCCCCAGAGCUGCUGCACUUUGUGUUCAGCCCCCUGCAGAUGAUUGUGGACACUUCCGGCGGCCCCCAGUUUGCGAGCGGGGUGCGUCGGCCUCACUUGACCUCUGAGGCAGUGACGCUGCUUCGUGAGACCCUCACCCCUCGCGAAAGUGCACUCUGGACCUCGCUCGGGGACUCGUGGACCCGGCCCGGGGUGGAACUCCCCCCAGAAGAGGGACCCCCAUACAUCCCAGAGUUCUACAGUGGCUGGGAGCCUCCUGCCACUGACCCAAUGGGUCGCGCGUGGGAGGACCCAGUGGAGAAGCAGCUACAGCAUGAACGGAGGCGCCGGCAGCAAAGCGCCCCCCAAGUUGCUGUCAAUGGUCACCAAGACCCGGAAUUGGGAACUGAGCUCCAAGCCGAGCCAGCAGGGAAGUGGGUCCUGUGUAAUUACGACUUCCAGGCCCGCAACAGCAGCGAGCUCUCGGUCAAGCAGCAGGACGUUUUGGAGGUCCUGGAUGACAGCCGCAAAUGGUGGAAGCUUCGGGACCAACAGGGGCAGGAGGGAUAUGUGCCCUAUAAUAUCCUGACAUCGCAUCCGGGGCCCCAGGGGGUCCAAAGAAGUCCUGCCCGCAGCCUGGUGAGCACAGAACCUAACUGGGACAGCUGCGAUAGUCUCAACAAUUUAGACCCCAGCGAGAAGGAGAAAUUCUGCCAGAUGUUCAGUGUCAAGGAGGAGCUGGAGACGCGCCUGGCCCAGGGCCUCUCGGGCCCCAUCCGCGCCGGCCCGAGCGCACGCUCCCCGGAGCUGGAGCUCAGCCCGCUCUCGGGGGCCUCGGAGGUGCGAGCCUGGCUGCGGCGAAAGGGCUUUAACUCCUGCACGGUGAACGCACUGGGUAUGCUGACAGGCGCGCAGCUUUUCUCGCUACAGAAGGAGGAAUUCCGGGCUGUGAGCCCCGAGGAGGGAACGCGUGUGUACAGCCAGGUCAUGGUGCAGCGUGCGCUGCUGGAGGACUCAAAGAAAGUGUCAGAGCUGGAGGCAGUGAUGGAGAAGCAGAAGAGGAAGGUGGAAGGCAAGACAGAAACGGAGGUCCUCUGA